ACACGUGUGACGUCGCGAUGACAUUGAAUGACGUAAAUACCCGCGUGAUUUCACAAUGUCGACGUUUUAGGUUAUUCUACGCUAUGAGACUCUUUAGUGAACAAUGACCGCUGCUUGCGUGUAGCAUGUUAUUUUUAGAGAAAGUUGAGUUAUCCAUUUCUUGGAAUUCUUACUAUUUUCGAGAUGUUAUCCAUUUCUUGGAAUUCUUACCGCCUAUCAAGCAGAAUUUUGGGGCAAUCUGCUAGACUUUGGCCUAAUCUUACCACACCUCUACGUUGUAAAUCAGAAAAUAUAGUUGUCACUAUUGCUGAUGUAUCAAAGGAAGUAAGGCCAGCAAAAACUCCAGAGUAUGUCCCAAGGAAAUACUUAUUAUAUACACAGUCUCAAGAGACGCUGAGGCAUUUAAAAUGGAUGCUGCAGAAAGAUGUCUUGCAUCAAGACAUGUUUUUGAUGGGUGGUCCUGGUAUAAGGAGACGAGAACUAGCUUUGGCCUUUUUGGAACUAACAGGACGAGAAUUGGAGUUUAUUGCACUCACACGUGACACAACAGAAGCUGAUUUGAAGCAGAGAAGAGAAAUCAAAAGUGGCACCGCAUACUAUCAUGAUCAGAGCGCGGUGAGAGCCGCGACUAAUGGGCGGGUUCUUGUAAUCGAAGGUGUGGAGAAGGCAGAACGUAAUGUGUUACCUGUGUUAAAUAAUUUGUUGGAAAAUCGCGAGAUGCAUCUAGAGGAUGGUAGAUUUCUUAUUCCGGCGUUGCGCUACGACAAGUUAUUAAAGAUACAUACUCAAGCAGAAUUAGAUGCGUGGCGUUUGGUACGAGUCAGUGAUGAUUUCAUAGUGAUAGCACUAGGUCUACCGUCACCGCGAUACCCGGGUCAUCCGUUAGAUCCGCCCCUGAGAUCCAGAUUCCAGGCUCGUCACGUCCCGCCACCGACGUUCGAGGAACAAUUCGAUACCCUGAAAAAUUUAGCGCCGAACGUAGACGCCGGCAAACUGUCGCAAUUGUUGUCAUGUGCCCACGCAUUAGUUAGUCAGGAGGCUUUCUCCAUAGGCUUGCCGGAUUUUCCUUUGGAUAGUUUGUCGUCGGCCGCUGUAAUUCUGGAAAAAAGCCCGGACUUGUCGGUGUACGACAUCUUCUAUAGAUUUUAUCCGUACAAACUGUUCCUAGCGAAGGAAGGUCAAAGCGCAGUGGAGGAUAUCCUUAGUACCUUUAGCGUAUUGGAUAAUACUGUGAAGAAAAGUACUGUUAACAGCAAAAUAAGCGUCACGAGGAAAGUUGACGAUCUCUUGGAGAUUGGCAUAAAGCGCGCUAACGCGGAAACGUGCUUUCACGUUCCUUGUGGUGUGAGUCAGACACUUAAUAGCGCGAGCAAUGACGCUUAUAUAGAGACGAAUUAUCAAAAUAACUUGUUGGCGAGUAUGCUGGAGUCACAUUUGACGUCCGAUUUCUGUUUAAUCGGGCCGAAAGGCUGUGGCAAGUCCACUACCGUUCAACGGCUCGCUGAUUUAUUAGGCUACCAAGUGGAGCCUAUAGUACUUUAUCAGGAUAUGACUUCUAGGGACCUGAUACAACAACGAACCACGUCACCUAACGGCGACACAGUCUGGCGAGACUCGCCGUUGGUCGACGCGGCCCUCCACGGCAAAUUGGCCGUGUUGGAUGGAAUCAAUAGGAUUCAUUCCAGCACCUUGGCUGUACUGCACAGAUUAGUCCACGACCGGGAGCUGCAGUUGCACGACGGCAAACGGCUCGUGCGAGCCGACCGUUAUGACGAGAUUAAGAAAGAGCACGGCAGUUCCGACGAGGACAUGCGUGAUCGCGGUGUUCUGCGAAUCGACCCCGCUUUCAGGCUGAUAGCCUUGGCCGAGCCACCGGUAGUUAACAGCUCGUCCGGGCAGUGGUUGAAUUCCGAGUUGCUCAGCUUAUUCCUCUUCCACGAGAUGCGACCGCUUGAUCAGCACGAGGAGAUCCAUAUCAUUCGAUCGAAGUUCGGUGAGCCCAGCCGAGCGUUAUUGAGUAUCAUAGAGCUAGUGCAUGUACUGCGCUUAUCCAGCGAUCCAACCCUACAGUCUCUCGCUGGAUCACUCAGCACUCGGCAGCUACUGCGGAUCGCCGAGCGGAUGCACAGAUUUCAGUGCAACGACGCCUACGACGCGGUGCAGCGCGCGUGCUUGGCGCGUUUCUUGCCGGCGAUCGCAAAACAGGCUCUCGAGGACUGCUGCCGCCGGCUGAAUAUCGUGCCGUCAGUAUCCGCAGCAGAUUUCGAGAUCAAAUGCGCGGUUACGGGAGACACUGUGCGAAUCGGCGACACCGUGGUAGAUCGAUACCACACCGCGGCUCUCAGCAAAGUACCGGAUAUCUUGUUUUACGACGUGCCGGAACACGUGGCGCUGUUGGAGCGAUUGCUGCAGGACUUCAGUCUUGGUCAGGAUCUUCUGUUGGUCGGCAAUCAGGGCGUCGGCAAGAAUAAGAUCGUGGACCGAUUGUUGCAGUUGCUGAAUAGGCCGCGCGAGUAUAUACAACUGCACAGAGACACGACCGUGCAGACUCUGACCCUACAGCCGAUGGUUAGGGACGGCAAAGUUGCUUAUGAAGAUUCACCACUGGUACAGGCGGUGAAACUGGGCCACGUUCUUGUCGUCGACGAGGCGGACAAAGCACCCACACACGUGACGUGUAUAUUGAAAACUCUGGUGGAAUCGGGUGAAAUGAUUCUGUCGGACGGCAGACGAAUCGUUUCUCGCGCCAGCGGCAAUGCGCGCAACGCGAACAGUAUACUUAUGCAUCCAGACUUCAGGAUGAUAGUGUUGGCGAACCGACCAGGUUUCCCGUUUUUGGGCAACGACUUCUUCGGAGCAUUGGGCGAUCUUUUUAGCACGCAUUCUGUCGACAAUCCGAGUAUACGCAGCGAGAUUCAGUUGUUGAAGCAAUACGGCCCGCAUAUCGACGAAUUGGUAAUAAAUAAAUUAGUGAAAGCUUUCGGCGAGUUGAGAGGUAUGGCCGAUCAAGGCUUAGUCUCGUAUCCUUACUCGACUCGAGAAGUGGUCAACAUAGUUAAACAUCUGGAGAAAUUUCCGAAUGAACCGUUAGGCAAUGUGGUACGCAAUGUCUUCGACUUCGAUCGAUACAGUCAGGAAAUAUUCAAUACUUUGGUAACAGUGCUUCACAAACAUGGGAUUCCCGUUGGGACAAGCCCGGCUAAUAUCGCUUUAGCUAAGGAAAUAUCUUUACCCGAGAUGAAGAUCUGCGGUAGUUGGAACGUUCUCAACGCGUUUGUGAGUGUACCCGUUCAGGAAAGACACGUUAAAUUAAAGUCACCGGUAUUUCCGGUGCAAAACGACCGAACUCUGGAUCGAGUUGAAGCUAGAUCAGCUUGGUUCACGGAGGUGCAGAGUUACUGGACGAUACCUAUUAGCGAAAACAGUACGGUAACGGCUUUAACGGUCGCGAAUGGAAGUAAAGGGGAUGGUACGGACGAUAGGAUAUACGUUCUCACGACGAACCCUUUGAGCAUAUUUAGCAUGACGCCGGAGUCCGAACAGAUACGCGAGACAUCGUUGCAGGGCUUAAUGAGUGCUUCUCGGGGUCGCAUGCCGUAUUAUAAUAUCGCGGUCGACAACUCCGGGAACGUUUUGGUUCACGAGGAAACUAGUCAUUCUACACUCGUGGUAAAUGUGAACGAUGGUUCUGUUCGAGAACUGCAGUAUUCAUCGUUGCUGGAUAUCGCCAACGACAGGAUAUCGGAUGUUUUCGGAAGUACGGGUCCUCAGUGGAAGAUGAAGACAGAUUUGUUGUCGUCGCAUAAUCUGUUCGUCUUCUUCACGCACGGCCAGAAUAAGAUAGAUAUUAUCAAUUUACAGACCAUGACCGCUUACUCAAUGAAUUUGCCGUGCGACAUUGAAACCCUCUUGCUCGCCUCCGACAAGAAAUGGUUGAUUCAGGACAUGUCGAAGAAUAAGUACAUUCUCACGAAAUCUUCGGAGCAAGAUCUGUGUCCGAAUAUCUUACGCGAAUUGAACGAAUCCAACAGUGCGUACUUGAAGACCGGCAGUGUUCUGAGCUGCAGUAAGAGCAGCCUGUCUGAGACUGAUCUGAGCGAGGCUCUUCAGCAGAAAGUCAGCUCUCCAAAUAGAGUCAUAGUGACCGAUAAUACGUACGCCGGCAUAGUGAUAGGUUUUCCUGAUUUAGACGGCUCUAACGAUCUACACUUCUGGCCGAGGAAGGGGAGGACGCAUAGUUUUAUGACGCCUAUCGUCACGCAGCAUGGGCAAGUGAUCAGAACGAUCUCGCCCGAUGAGGUUCCCAAUGAAGUUUGUCCCAAGGACAAGAGACACAUGGCAAUUUCCGGUUACUUGGAAAUAGUCGAUACAGUAUAUCGGAAACUGCGUUACAUACCCAUCCCAGAACCGGUCAAUGUCUCGCCAUUGACGCAAUGGCUGUACUCGAAGGACCUUCCGCUUUAUGCGUCGCUUACGUCGAACGAAGGUCUUGUCACAAUAGACGCCGGUGGCUGCGUCCGCUUAUGGGAGACAUCCGUUACGAACAUAGAAAAGUCGUUGGGUGCGUGGCGCAAAAUGAUCGGCAGCGGCGAGGAGAAAUUGCAGAUUACCAAAGAGAGAUAUUCAGGUCUGGACGUGAGCGGGCCGAAGCACGGGAAAGUCGAUGAAAAGAACGAACCCCACGUGGGUGGUAAUACCUGGGCCGGAGGGACUGGAGGGAGAGACACAGCCGGCUUAGGCGGCAAGGGAGGACCUUACCGUUUGGACGCUGGACACACGGUACAUCAGCUUAGUGACGAGGAAAAGAAUGCAGUGCCGGAACAUAUAAAGAAGGCCGCCCGUGAGAUGGGUCUUCGCGCGUUCAAACAACGGCUCAAGGAUAUCCGAAUGAGCGAAUAUGACCACAAACUGUACAGCCAAUUCAGUGACGCCGUCUAUAAUCAGGUGCAGGCCUUAAGAGUCAUCUUAGGCACGUUGCAGGCUAAAAGUAACGAGCGACAAUGGUGCAGACACCAGACGUCCGGCGAGCUGGACGAUACGAAAUUAAUCGAAGGAUUAACGGGCGAGAAAACGAUUUACCGGCGUAGAGCGGAGAAAGAGCCGGAGAUUGGCGCUCCGCAAUUAAAACCGAAGCGAUUGAAACUAGUGGUGGAUGUGUCCGGCAGCAUGUACAGAUUCAAUGGCUACGACGGCCGGCUUGAUCGCGAGCUGGAGGCCUGUGUCAUGGUAAUGGAAGCUUUUAGCGGCUACGAGGGAAAGUUUCAAUAUGAUAUCGUCGGCCAUUCCGGCGACGAUUACCGUAUUGUCUUUGUCGAUCAUACGGAACCGCCGACGGAUAAUAAGCGGAGGCUGGAGGUGAUUAAGACAAUGCACGCUCACUCACAAUUUUGCCUGUCCGGUGAUAACACGUUGGAAGCGACGCAGCACGCAAUUGCGAGCCUGGCGAAAGAGGAUUCCGACGAGUCUAUCGUGGUCGUUCUUUCGGACGCGAAUCUGGAACGUUAUGGUAUUCGUCCCGAACGACUCGCCAAGGUAUUAGUGUCUAACGUGGACGUGAACGCCUACGCUAUCUUCAUUGGAUCGCUGGGUGAUCAAGCGACCAGGCUGAUAAAACACAUGCCUUCUGGUCGUGCGUUUGUGUGUAUGGACCUCAAGAAUAUACCGCGAAUCCUACAGCAGAUAUUCACGGCGUCGGUUUUAAGUACGACACGGUCGACUUAACGUACGUUGAUUUUAGAGAACAUAAUUUUGUAUAAGAAAGAAAUUAUACAAACCACGUAGAUAGAAAUUUUAUACAUUGGGAUACGCUUUUAUACGGUACAGUCGCUUUUAUAUGAUCACUGUAAAUCUCUAUAAAUAAAAAUUUUCUAAUUUUAGACAUA